UUUACCGCUCCUUCCUCUGUCCUGUGUCUCCAUGCUGUUUCUGUUUUCUAAUUGUUCAACUCUGACCCAUGACGCAUUUCUACGGCGAGCCCAAGCAGACAAUCCAGUCGUUAGCUCUCACCAGACUACUGUGUGAAGAUUAACUCCACCUGAAAGGCAGCAGGGAUGGCUCUGGAGCAGUUCAGUGAUGUGGUCCAGAGAUGUCAAGCCCUCCCCGAUGACAGCUACACGACCGAGGAUCAUGACGUCUUCACGAUUUCUGGGCGAACCUGCAUUGAGGAGGGAAACAGUGCGCAGGUUCUCAGUAUUGUCCUGGAUGAAAAGAAUCAAGACAUAGUGAGGUGUAUGGGUUGGAAUCUGCUGCCUCCUCUGAUUAAGGUUCUGCUGAAGAAGGAAGACAAAAACCUUUCUCAAUGCCUGGCCAUUUUCAACCACCUGCUACAGACCUGCAGACCCAAAGAGCUGCUGAUUGGCCUGUUGGAACAGCUGGAGCAGGAUGACCCCGACGCCAUAGCAGAGAGCCUUCAUCUGCUGUUGAGCCCUCUACAGAAAGUGCUGCUGUGUCUGGGCAGCCGUAAGGCGUCGUCUUUGGGCAUGACCCUGUCCUCUGUGCUGGACCAGGUGGCCAAACUGCCUCUACCUCACACCAAGGAGCAAGAGGAGGAUGACAUCUUCUUCUUUUGUCGCUGCUUCACCAAUCUGACAGACUUUGUUAGACCCUUUGUCCAUGAGGCCAAGCAAAAUAUCCUGAACUGUAAGGCACAAAAUGAAAGCCCAAACAAGAAGGAGGGUGAACAUGAUGGGGGUAAAGAGGAUGAGCUGCGGACAGAAUUGCUGAAGUUCUGUAUGAAGACUCUGAGUCACCCUUUGUUGGAGGUACAACUCAAGGAUCCGGACACCCUGGCUGUGUCUCCCCUCAGGAAUUUUGCCACAGAGAUUUUGACCACCCUCAAUGCUAUCGGAGAGGUCCUCCCAAGUCUUGUGUUCCAGCCUCUGUUGAAGAGAAAACAGGUUCCAGGCUUUCUGGAGGAGGAGGUGCGUUAUCCUAAAGAGUCUUUGGCCAGCCUGGCUCACCUAGUGUUUGUUCAUCAUCUGGCUACAGAUACAUUCCCCAGUGUUUUCAGUCCGGUGUUCUGUCUGCGGAGUAAUAUGGAGCAUGUUAGCCUGCUGCUGUCCAGAACGGAGGAGUGCAGGAUUCAGAAAGGACUGGAGCUGUAUGAGAAGAGUCUGGUGCGGGUGGAGAACGGCAGUCUUCCUUUAGAUCUGCUGGGGAUCAAAACCUUCCUCACAGUCCCUCAGAACUUGGUGAAGGUCAUGACAAUAUGUCCCAGGCAUGAUUUGAGAACCAGAGGUCUGAAGGUGUUCCAGAUCAGUAUUGAUAAGUUCAACACUGAAGCAAAGUACAGUUUUUUCCAGUGCAUGCUAAAAACCAGUAACCACUCAGGAGUUGAAGGCUACAUCAUUAAAAACAUCAAGAAUCAGAUCGACUUUGCCCUGCAGCCAGGGAACAGCAACGUCUGGUUCGAGGGAGUUCACCUGCUUCCUUUGCUGCGUAAAGUUUUCAGUCUGCCAGACGGCCCAGAGACCGACCUGCUGCAGUACCUGGACAGAAUCAUGGAGUCUCUGAACCUGCUGCGUUACCUCGUCAUCAGAGACAAAGUGACAGAGAACCAGACCGGGAUCUGGACAGAGCUGUACAAAAUAGAAGACACGUUCAUAAAGCCGCUACGUGUUGGAGUGAACAUGUCGAGGGCUCACUAUGAGAGGGAGCUCCACAACACCAUGGAGGCCAAGAAGAGCAAGGCCAAAGAGGAGUUGGUGCUCUCUGUGUCUGUUGGUGAUGAGAAGCUGCCAAACAUGUCGUCAGAGUCUCAGAUUCAGGCUCUGCACUCAGCUCUGCACACGUUUGACAUGAUUGAGAGCGUGUUGGUGCGAAUAGAGGAGCUCACCGAGGUGAAGGAGAAGCCUUAGACUGAGCCCAUACGAGCUCUGCCACCAGCCGUCCUCAUCGUCUCAGGGCCGAGCAAGCCAAACCAAAAGAGACGCAGUUUUCAUCUGAUCUGAUCAGCUCGUGCACUUUGUGUCAUGAAUGAGCAGUAUCAGUUGUGGAUGCAUUAUUUUAAAGAGUCAACAUGUCGUACAUUGUUUUUGUUACAAUUUUCAGGUUUCAAAUUUGUAUCCUUUCUGUACUAAAUAAAUUCUGGAUGCAUGUUAAAGCCCCCUCUUGUCAAAAAUGUGUUUAUCUUGUUCAUAAAGAAUUUCCCCUCGGGGAUAAAUAAAGGAAUUCUGAUUCUGAUUCAUACAGCUGCAUGUUUGAGCUGCUCUGUGCAGAAUGUGCACAGUGUAUGUGCAGGGUCUCGCACUGUGAGGCCAUUUUCACAUUCGCUGCUGAAAUAUAUAUAUGUAUAUAUAUAUGUGAAUUACAAUGAGCAGGGCAUGCAAAACUUCAGUACACACUUUUUUUGUCCCUUUAUUUGAAAAUCUGAAGCAGAGUGAGGCAGACUACAUUUUUUGGUGUAAUAAAUUAACAGAACAGAUUCUCAUACAGCAACAUUCAUAAAAUACAUAUGGAAUUCAUAUGCAUCUUCAAAUUAAAAAUUCUUU